AUGUCAGAAGUGACAAAGGCUGUAUACGAGAGAACAUUUGAUAUCAGUGGUCUUCGAUACGUCAUCAUCAAGAACGUUAUGAAUGAGCAGACCGGCAAAUUGAUCAAAGAUCUUCUCUAUACAUCGGAGAGAAGUAUUCCAUGGCCAGGGAAGUAUGGACAACGGGAUUCCUGGGAGUGGAACACUCCUGAAUACCAGGCACUUCUGGGAACUCGUUUGGGUAAGCUAGUGGCAUAUCUUGUUCUGGGCUCAUACGAGCGUGGGAAGCGGAGAAUCGCACGCAUUAUAACUUACCGAACUGGAGACUCGCCUUGGCCCCAUAUGAGAUUCGACAUUGAGGACACACCAGUAUCCUAG